AUGUCUUCUAGUCCUUUACACAGCGUUUUAGCGUCACCCAGUGAGGCGCGAGACCUUCUGGAACAAUCCACAGAGGCCGAGCUUGAAACAAUGGAGCUCGUCCUGGUCACUCAUGUCGUGGAUGCCAUCACAUUUUGGGCUCAGACUGUGACCGAAGACAGGGUCUCUGAGAAGAUGGAUACUGUCCUCUCAGAAAAAUGUCCUGCUGCACAGAGAGUGAAGGGAAAGCCAAGUCCACACAAGGUUUAUGGUGCCUGCUACUCAGGAGAUCGAUGCUGGUACAGGUGCAAAGUGCAGAAGCAGAUAGAUGACUCCUUUCAUGUUGCAUACGUCGAUUAUGGGAAUGAGGAGGUGAUCGGGAGGUCUGAGCUAGUUGAACUGCCAGAGGACUUGCAGUCAGCCGCACUUGCUAAAAGAUACAAGUUCUGGGGCUUUCACUUGGCAAGUGAACAGGAUUCACCACAUUACUCCCAGGGGACGUCCUUUCUUCAGAAUCUGAUCUACGGAAAGAAGUUGCGCAUUAGCGUGAAGUCCGAGUGCUUUGAUGGAACGGUCCUGGUUAAGGCAUUUCAGGGCAACCUGGACAUUGGUGAAGAGGUGUUAAAGUUUAAAUUCGCCACAGUGACACUUCCAGCCAAUAGAGAGAGUCCAUCUCCUGCUAAGGCUCUCCAGAAGCAGACUGGAUUGUGGUCUUCCAGGAGACCUCAAGGAGACUGUGAUAGCACAAGCUCUUUAGGAUAUAUGCCCAAGUUACGCCCCGUUUUCUCCAACCAAAAGCCUCAAGUCUUAAAAGAGCAAAGCACCAGCAAGACUGUAAUGACUGCCAGUGUGCCAGAAGCAGAGAGGGAGGUGGUAAAGGAGAACCAGCAGCCUAACCCCGAGAUGGUCAUCCAACAGCUGUGUAGUCCGGUCACUGAGCAAAUGCUGAAUGAAGCCAAGUCAGAGCUGCAGAGGGCCCGAGAAGAGGUGGAAGAGAAAACACAGGAGAUAAAGAAACUUGAGAAGGAGAAGCAAGAACUUGAGAAUCAGGCAGAUCAUCUACAGCAGCAGCUAAAGGAUGUCAGAUUGGAGCUUCAGAAAGCAAGUGAGGUGUGUCCAAGAAAAGAUGAGGGUGUGGAAGUCAACAUGGAAUCAUCAGUAUGCGAGAGGUUCUCUCAACUGGCUGAGAAAGUCGAAGCAGUGAGAAGAAACAGAGAAAGUAAUGAGUGCACUACUGCAGAGGAAUGUCUAUCUGAAUCCAUACCAGUGGUGGAGAACAACAGAAUAAUCAUGCCAUUUAUAUCAGAAACACUCGAGAUGGCAUGGGAAGACUAUAGACAGACCAUAAAACAGCUUAAAGAGUGUCAGAAUAAGGGGGAGUUGAAGGACCUGGUGGACAGCAGGAAUAAGGCUCGCAGUGUUCUCCUCACUGCCAUAGAGGACUUCCUUCGGGUGGUGGGCAGUCUGCCAAUUAGUGAUCGCUUGAGCAAGCUAAAGGAUGUCCGCUCAUCACUGAUGGAUGCGUUUGGUUCAGUCUCAACAGAUGACGUUCAAGAUCAGUCUUUAGAGCAAUUCUAUGAAUGGAAAACUCAAAAGCAUCAUAACUUAAGAAAUGUGCGCCAGGCAACAGAUAAGGCCCUUUGUGUGCUCAGUGACUGGGCAGCCAACACCAGCAAGAUUUUCUGCUUGACUGAGAAGACUGCUGUGACCCUGGAAGCUGUUGGUGCAGGAGUGGAUGAGCUUCUGAAGCAGGCUGAGUCUGAUGUGUGUGAGGAGCUGAACAUCAUUACAUUCUUUGAGCAAAAUGUUGAGGGCAUGAAAAUAAUGUCUACCGCAUACUGUACAGUGAUGCAUCACAUCCAAAAAGAGGAGCAUCUACUUUGUGACCUCAGAAAGAUGUUUGAAGAUAACAAAAAGUUUAAGGAGGACAUGGUGCAGUGGCGGAACCGCUCACCUAAAGUGGAUGAGCUCUUGCACAUAAAGAAAAGUAUCAAGAGCCUGCGUUCACAGCUGCGUUGGAAACUGGUAGAGGUGGGCUGCCUGGAAGAGGCUGAUGACCUGGAUCUACCGGAGAUUCUUAGGAAAAAGGAAGAGAUUGCUGAAACAAGGAAUGCUCUCUUUCAGCAAAUUGGGCAUGAGAAGGAGCAAUAUGUAAAACUGUGCGAGCUGGCAAAUGGACACUUUCCUGAGCUUCUGCAACUGUACCCUGAGGCAGACCUGAGCAGUUACCUGCUCUCUGAGGGGCUGUUAAUGAAGAGUUUGGAUCGGGACAUAUUUGAUGCUGAGCCAAUGAGAGAGCUGAGUGGGCGCAGACCACUAGUGUAUACAGAGUUCCAGUGCCAAAAGGUGGUGCUCAAGGGCUAUUCUGUGGAUCAAGAAUCAGAAGUGAGGAUGAUUAAGCAGGCUGCACAAUAUCACAAAGCUCAGAAUCUGCAUCCUUCCACUGCCAUGCCUCUGCUGGGCCUGUUCUUUGGCAAGUCAGAUCCUCUGGCCUACAUCAUGGUUCCUUACUACUCGAACGGGAGUCUCAAGGCUUUGCAGAAACUCAACCCACUGACACCCCCUGAGAUUGGGAUGGUGAUGAAAGGAGUCCUUCUUGGGCUACAGAGUCUGCAUGAAUUUGGCAUUACACAUGCCUCUUUAAAUGCCAACAACGUGUUUGUUCUCAACCGAAAGCAAGGCAUCGUAGGGGACUUUGACUUCACCAAGACACCAGAGCAGAGGGCUGUGGACUGUGGCAUGGUGGCUGGGUCUAUCAGUCUGGUGGCUCCAGACCUAAGACAGAGUGAGCCACCCUCUUCAGCCACUGACAUGUACGCUGUCGGAGGCCUCAUGCUCUGGCUUCAUGCUCCUGAUUGCAAUGGAGCUGUGGACGAUGAGCACCAUGGCCCAAGGUUGUCUGGAUUACAGCUGGAUGUCCAAGUCCAGACUCUCCUCUCAAAGCUACUGGUCUGUUCUGGAAGACUGUCUGCUGUCGAAGCACUGUGUGAGGAUUACUUCUUGUUUGAAAACUGAA